AUGGUUACUGGUUUUAUUGGUCAUUUGAUUUUGUUUAGAGUUUAGUUAAUUAGAAAAUUAAAAUCUCAAUCAAUGACGAUAUUAAAAUUAUAAGAAUCAAUCAAGAAUUGUAAAUGCAUUUACAUAUUUUACAAUAGAAGAAUAUUAAAUUAGAAUUAUUAAUAGUUGCUUAUCUAAGUAAUUUAGUAUAGCCUAUUUAUGAAUCUAAUAUUGGAUAAAGAGAACAAUUAUUUAAUAUUAUGUACUUUUGAUAUUACAAUAAUUAGUGAGCUUUAAAUGAAUAAAAAAUAAUUAUAAAGUAUUAUUAUAUAUGAAGUAAAAUUUGGCAAUAAUCAUUUAGGUAAAUGAAUUCAUUUGA